UAGAGAAGUGACCUUCAUUCUGCUUUGUGUGGUGCCACAACAAGAGGGAGUCAUGGUCAGCAGAUUUGAACACCCAGCUGGUGGCUACAAGAAGAUUUUUGAGACAUGCGAGGAGCUAGCUGAGCCUCUUCCAGCAACAGUCACAGGUAGGAUUCCUCCAUUUCUGAAGGGAAGUCUGCUCCGUUUGGGACCUGGGCUUUUUGAGGUUGGAGAUGAACCCUUCUACCACCUCUUUGAUGGCCAGGCCCUCAUGCACAAAUUUGACUUCAAGAACGGUCAGGUCACCUACUUCAGAAAGUUUGUCAGAACCGAUGCCUAUGUGAGAGCCAUCACAGAGAAACGUGUGGUGAUCACUGAGUUCGGCACCUUUGCAUACCCUGAUCCCUGCAAAAACAUUUUCUCCAGGUUCUUCUCUUACUUCAAGGGUGUUGAGGUGACAGACAACUGCCUGGUGAAUGUUUACCCUAUCGGUGAGGAUUACUAUGCUGUAACAGAAACCAACUACCUCACUAAAGUAGACACUGAUUCCUUGGAGACGCUGAAGAAGGUUGAUAUGUGCAACUAUGUCAACAUUAACGGAGUGACAGCCCACCCUCACAUUGAGCAGGAUGGAACAGUGUACAACAUUGGAAACUGCAUGGGAAAAGGGGCAACGUUGGCCUACAACAUUGUCAUGACUCCGCCCACACAGAAAGAUAAGUCUGAUCCCAUUACGAAGUCCAAGGUGGUGGUGCAGUUCCCAAGUGCCGAGAGGUUCAAGCCCUCCUAUGUGCACAGCUUUGGCAUGUCAGAGAACUACUUUGUCUUUGUGGAGACCCCGGUGAAAAUCAACCUGCUGAAAUUCCUGAGCGCUUGGAGCAUCCGAGGCUCCAACUACAUGGACUGCUUCGAGUCCAACGAGAGCCAAGGAACCCUGUUUCACAUUGCCAAGAAAAACCCAGGAGAGUACAUUGACCACAAGUUCAAAGGGGCUCCCAUUGGCAUGUUUCAUCACAUCAACACCUAUGAGGAUCAGGGCUUCAUUGUUACUGACGUCUGUGGAUGGAAAGGUUUUGAGUUUGUUUACAACUACCUCUGGUUGGCCAACCUGAGAGCCAACUGGGAAGAGGUGAAGAAGGCGGCCAUGAUGGCGCCCCAGCCGGAGGUCCGCAGAUAUGUUAUUCCCCUGGACAUCCACAAGGAGGAGCAGGGGAAGAACCUUGUCAGCCUGCCGUACACCACCGCCACAGCCACCAUGCACGCUGAUGGCACCAUCUGGCUGGAGCCGGAGGUGCUGUUCUCCGGGCCUCGCCAAGCCUUUGAGUUCCCUCAGAUCAACUAUGGGAAGUACGCAGGGAAGAAUUACUCAUACGCCUACGCCCUGGGUCUCAACCACUUCAUACCAGACAGGAUCGUCAAGUUGAAUGUGAGGACCAAGGAGACCUGGGUAUGGCAGGAACCCGACUCCUACCCCUCAGAGCCCCUGUUUAUUCAGACCCCUGAUGGAGUGGAUGAGGAUGAUGGUGUGCUGCUGACCAUCGUGGUUGCCCCCGGCGCCCAGAGACCAGGGUACCUCCUGAUCCUCAACGCCAAGGAUCUGUCUGAGAUUGCCAGGGCAGAGGUGGAGUGCACCAUGCCCGUCACCUUCCACGGGAUGUACAAACCAUAAUGCUGCUUUGAUCUACUGCAGUCAGCCAUUACAGCGUUAUCAACUCAGUUGAAUACCCAGUAUUACAGGAUAAAUAAUGACCUAACGCUUCCAUGUGUUUAUUUGCAGCUGAUGUGGGAUGUUAUAUAAAAAAAUAGUUUGUGAAGUGACAUUUUAUUUCUAGUUGCUGGAUGUAAUAGAAUUUCUAAACCUGCUUUGUCAUUAUUGGUUAAAUAAAACAUAUAUGGAUUUGUUCAAAUGCUGUGUCACAUGAAUAUUUAAUGGUUGGAAGAAAUACAUUUGGUGUGAUCAAAACAUGUUGUUGUUUUGUAUUACUCUGUUAUGUACCAGCUAUUUACUAGGUUGCCCGGUGUAAAUAGAGAAAUAAAUACUGUGCUUCGAAUUAGAGUCAGCCCUUUGAAAAAAAUUACAUUUAUUGGUUUAAUACUUAAAUAUAAUACUUAAUUCCUGCCAACUCUUGAGCUUCUGAAUUUGGACUCGCCAUCAAAAUAUAAUCUGUAGGUUAAAACAACUUAAUUAUCAUUAAAGAUGCUUGUUCUUUUGAAAAAUCAAGAAUUUUCUUGAUAUAUCGUGGAUCAAUAAACACUUGAAAUCUAACAUUCCUUUUCAUAUCCGUCUGUUUAGUGUUGCUCAAAGUUGUCUGAUUCUGACGCAGGUCUUACAGCAGCGCAAAGCUGAUUAAGUGUUUCGCUGCUUAGGCUUGAGAAAGGAAGGACAUGUUGCAAUCCAUUGUUCAUCUUAAGAGCACAACAAUGAAUGUUUGUACGUUGUAAUUUCACAAACCCACGUUUUAUUGUAUGCAAGAUUCAUGUUAUUCAAUAAAGCAGGUUUGAUUAAAUGUAGGGUUUCUCUUCAGUUUUUCU